AUGGAUCCUGGACGAAAAGCCAUGAUCGCCGGACGACGGUCCCCUACCCGACGAGAUGUGACAUCCCCCAGACAUGAUCCUACCAACCGAAUCACCAAAUCCACUAAACCAAGUGGUUCCAAGAUCAACCCCAAGUACUUGACUCAAGAUGAGCAAUCACGACAGUUUGUUGCCGAUGAGGACAAGUUCGUACUGAAGCAGUCCAAGAAGAAGGCGGAUAUCCGAAUUCGAGAAGGCCGUGCCAAGCCCAUCGACUACCUGGCAUUCAACCUAAGAUAUAUCGAUACAGACCGCGAUAUCUUCGACGACGACGAUGCUGAUGUCGAAAUCGAUGUUCCCGCGCCCGGAGAUGUUGUUGCCUCGCUUGAUGCAGAGCAGAUUGCCGAGCUGGAAUCCGGUAUCGCCUCAUACCACGUGCUUGAAACCAAUGCGACCAACCGGGAAUAUUGGAGAGCGCUGCAGACCAUCUGUAAAGAUAGGAAGGCGAAAUUAGAUCCACAUGGCCAUGAGAGAAGGGUUGUAAGCAGUGUUUCAGACGACAUCGACAAGAUCCUUGCCCCCAAGACGCAUGACCAACUGGAAGCCUUGGAAAAGCAGAUCAAGGCCAAACUACAGUCCAACGAGGAUAUCGACACGGAUUACUGGGAACAGUUGCUGCGAAGCCUCCGAGUGUGGAAAGCUCGUGCCAAGCUGAACCAAGUAUACGAGACAAUCAAGGAGACUCGUCUGAGCCAACUCAAGGAGCGUGAUCCAACCAAGGUCAAGGCAUCGGGCCAGCCGACCUCUGCCCCCAAGGUGGCAUUUGGUUCGCAGCCAGUCGCAUCAGCUUCAGAAGAAAAGGCGUCUCCUGCACCCGUUUCAUCCUCAAGGCAUGUGGGCACAUCAGCCCCGCCAGGAACUGAGCGCUUUUCUCAGGUUGACAAUGUGGACUUCUCACAGGUAACUAAAGCAUUGUAUGAUCGAGAGGUUGCUAGAGGUGUCGACGAGAACGAGGAGAUCUUCACCAGCGAAGAGGCUGUUACCACUACUAAGCCACAAUGGGCAGACAAAUAUAGACCCCGGAAGCCACGCUAUUUCAACCGUGUCCAGAUGGGUUACGACUGGAAUAAAUAUAAUCAGACUCAUUACGACCACGAUAAUCCGCCACCCAAGGUUGUUCAAGGUUACAAGUUUAACAUAUUCUAUCCUGAACUCAUCGACAAGACAAAGGCGCCAACCUUCAAGAUCAUUCGAGAACAUGGCCGCAGACGCGGAGAAUCAUUUGCUGCUGCUGGUGAGGAGGACACGUGCCUGAUACGGUUCAUGGCAGGGCCUCCAUACGAGGAUAUUGCAUUCCGCAUUGUUGAUCGAGAGUGGGAUUAUAGCGCCAAGAAGGAUCGAGGCUUCAAGAGCUCAUUCGACAAGGGUAUCUUGCAGCUGCAUUUUCAGUUCAAAAAGAUCUACUACCGGAAGUAG